AUGGAAUAUUUAGAAAUUAUUGAAACAAUAAUUCCUUAUGUUAUAAACCAAAUUUUGAUAGGAGUUGAAGAUAAGAUUGUUUAGAAGUUAGAAAUUGACUUAAGUGCCACUUAUUCAUUAGAUCUAGCUUUUAAAUUGUUAAAGCAUGUUAAUUUUGAUCCAUCAUUAUUAAACUAUUUUGAAUCAGAAGAUGCUGAACCUAAAAAUGUUUCAAAAGAACGACAUCGAGCUUAUAAUCUCAAAUAUAUAUAACCUCCUAAGGGUUAAAUAACUCCUAGAGUGGAAGAACCUCCAAAACAUAUUUUUAUGAUGCCCACUCAAUUAUGGGAGGAUUAUGAACCUUAAUUAAUAAGAUAAAAGACAAAAGAAUAUAUUGAAGAAUAUCCUGAUGAAAGAAGAAUUAUGGAAUAAAAGUGUCUAGAAAAACAAUACAAAGAAUAAAAAUUGAGACAAUAAUCAAGAGAAAAGAGAUAAGUUAAAGAGUUGCAUAAUCAACUGAUUAUGAAGAUUGGUUCUAAAGAAUAUACUUAUGAUUAUAAUUGUAAUCCACUUGCUAGAUCCAAUAAUUAAGUAAAGAAGGAUGUUAUUACUACCUUACCAUAUGAAAUUCCAUUAACUGAUAAUAAUUCAAUAAUUUCUUAACCCAAGUUAAUAGAAUAAGUUAAAUAAAAAAGAAGAUAAGUUGAAAAUAUUGAAACCAUAUUAGAAUUUGAAGAAGAAUAAGUAUAAGAGAUUAAAUUAUAACCUGGAGUUAGAUUGAGUUUAAAACCUAUAUAAAUAUAAGAAUAAUCUAUAAGAUUGUAAUCUUAAAGAUCUAAAUAGUAUGAUACAAGUUCAGUAUCUUAAAAAAUACCUAAAAAGUACAAAAAUAUAGUUAAGUUAAACAAUAUAAAUUUGGUAGGUUAUUUAUAAUAAUUGGAUUGUGAUAGUUAUAUUAAAUUAGCCUCAAAUGAUACAAAUUAAACUUAACAGAUAACACCAACAAAUUAAAGUUUUAUUGAUUAAGAAUCUAUUAAACAAGACUUACUAAGAUUACCAAAAUUGAGAUCCCACUCUAUAAAUCCUAAAACUAAAAGAAAAAGUAGAUUUUAUCCUACUUAUUCGAUUGUGACUUAUAGAGAUUGA